AUGGCCCCAUCUGACGAAGCAGAUAACGACGUAACCCAAGCACCCGCAUCGAAACGGCGCCGUGUCGCGGUUGCCUGCGAUGCAUGUCGAACGCGCAAGUCUCGUUGCGAUGGCGUGAGACCGCGAUGCUCGCUUUGUCGCGAUCUGGGGUUUGAAUGUGUCUAUACGCCGCCACCGACGGCGACGAAUGUUAUUGUGCAGAAGGAUUAUCUGCAUGGGCUUGAGGAGAGGGUUAAGAGGUUGGAGGAGGGGAUGCUAGGGGUUAGAGGGGAGAUUGAUGGAUUGGCUGGACGGGUUGAUGGUGUGCAGAUGCAGAGUAUUGCCGGUAGAGAUGGUGGCUCGAGUAGCAAUUUGCAAACUGUGAGGAGAGUCGAGGAUGAUGGGCAGAGAGUGGUUUCUGUGUCUGGAUCGGAUCUUACUGGGACGGAGGAUUCGGUUGAUGCGAUGGGUGCGGUGACCUUUGCUGAUGAGGAAGACUCGGGAUUCUUCGGUUUGAUUGACCUCAAGUCGUAUCUUUACGGACCUAUGGCUAAUUAUUCUUACCCAGGACCCUCGUCUAAUAUUGCAUUCUUGAGGCAUCUCUCUAGAGCGGUUGUCCAACAAGGGUAUCUUCUAUCACCUGGAGCCGCAGAGGGAGGAUUCGUCAAUGCAUCUCGACCACCCUCGCCACCGCGCCAAACACCUCAGGAUCAACGAUCAAAAGUCAACAUGUUCGCUCUACCCCCUCAGGCAGAGACAUUGGCGCUUAUCCAGAGGUACUUUUCCGAAACUGGAUUGCUCUUCCCGUACAUUUACCCGCCUGCCUUUUUGGAGACAUAUCAUCAAAUGGCCAGAGAGAAUUUUACGAAAGUGCGAAGGACGUGGCUUGGCUUGUUGAAUAUGGUUUUGGCAAUGGCGACCAUUACUGCGACUCCUGGUGGUGCGAAAGCCGAUGCCCGGAUCUCCGAGUCGGAUGUGUUCUAUCAACGUGGUUUGGGGUUGUGUGGAAGCGAGAUCUUACGAGGGACUACUCUGGAAGUUGUUCAAUACCUUCUGCUUAUUGGCCAAUAUUUACAAGGCACUCAAAAGUCUGUCCAAGCUUGGACUGUGCAUGGACUCGCAGUCAAAGCCGCUCUCCAACUCGGAUUACACUCGAGGAAUGCCUCCAGGUCCUUCUCACCACUCGAUCAGGAGACACGUAAGCGAACUUGGUACGGUUGCGUGGUGCUUGAUAGAACACUGAGUAUGACGUUUGGAAGGCCCAGCUCCAUUCCAGAUUACUAUGUGAAACUCGAACUUCCCUCAAAACGAGAUUUUGAAAAGUCAUCUGCAUUUGUGGAUGAUGAAACCUCUUAUCUCAGUGUUUCCUUUUUCAACUCUACCAUCACCCUAUACAAACAGCUCUGGAACAUUCUCGAUCUCCUCUAUGGCCAAAACAUAGGCUGUGAUACCCCGCUCUCCGUCAGCGAAACAGUCGCCCACAUCUUCAGCAUGGAACAACACCUCUUCUCCUGGGAACGAUCCCUCCCCGCAUCCCUCCAACUCGUAUCAACAAGUAUCCUCACCGAAAUGCCACCCGACCAAUCCUCCUCCAACUUCAACUACUUCUCUUGGAAAUUCCGCGUCAUUCUCACACUCCGAUAUCUCAAUCUUAGGGUCCUCCUGCAUAGACCUGUGUUGGUGAAGUUUAUCGCUGCAAGUCGAAGUCCCGAUCGUGAUCCGCAGGAUUUGAAACUCCUGCAGCAGAUUGGUAUGAAUAGUAUGCAGAUUAUUACUGAGUCGGCGAUGGAGAUCAUUGAUAUUGUUUUGAGGGUUGUUUCCGAGCCUGGGUGGAAGCAGAGUUUGCUUGGAGCUUGGUGGUUUUCGUUAUAUUACACAUUUAAUGCGGCGGUUGUUCUUAUCGGUGCUGUUUGGGUGUAUCGGGAUACGAGCCUUUGCAGCGCUUCGAUGACUGCCCAAGCUAAGAAAGUACAGCAGUACCCUGCUCGCGCGGUGAUGGCUUUAUCGAAGUUGGACGAUGGAAAUCGAUUGAUUGAUCGGUGCCGGUAUUCUCUUGAGCAGUUCAAUAAAAUCUUGGUUGAUCCUGAAACAGACCUCGAUGGUUUGAUGCCUACACUACCGGCGCUGACGAGUACGCGUGGCUCCAACCCGACUGCUGAUUUUAGUCUCUCGCCAUUUGGAAUGGAACUUGGGGAAUUUAUGAUGGAUGAUGAUCUCGUUGCGAUGAUUGAUAAACAGGGCUUGUUACCGCAAGAUUCGGGAUCAGGAUACCAUGUGUGA